AUGGAAUCGAAAAUGAACCAAAACCAUCAAGCCGUAUAAAAGUUCUUUGCCUAAUUGGUUCUGACAUCAGUUCACAAAAAACGCCUGCGCAAGCAACAAUUCGAGUUCCAAUCACAACUCACAGGAGAUCCAAAAUGUUCAAGAUCAUCGCUCUGGUUGCCUGCUUGGCCGUUGUUGCCUCCGCACGAUACUUUGAAGUAGAUCACGAUUAUCAUCACGAGGAUUACCAUCAUUCGCACCCGAAGUACAAGUAUGAGUAUGGAGUUAAGGAUGGCCACACCCACGAUCACAAGAGUCAGUGGGAACACCGUGACGGAGAUGUCGUGAAGGGGCAGUACACUUUGGAUGAGGCUGAUGGCACUCAUCGUGUGGUAGAUUACAGCUCGGACCACAAGGGAGGAUUCCAGGUUCAUGUUCAACGCAACGGACACGCCCACCAUCCACACGGAGAAAGUUACGUGAAAAUCGAUCAGCACUAUUGAUUUGUUCAGAAUUUCUUAUUGAUCGGCUGUUAACUU